AUGGACGAGGACGAAGCCCAGCUGUUGGCCGAGCUUCGUGCAAUUUCUGCUGGAUCUGCCGCGAGUCGAUUUGUCGGCGAUGAGGAUGAGAAUGGUGGUGGUGCCAAUAAUAAUAAUGAGCAAUCCAUCGACGGGCCUGUUUCGUCUCAAAGCAGAAGCACCAACAGCAGCAAAAAGACGGAAUCACGAAAGAAUAAUCAGCAACCAGUGCCACCUUGGAAGAGAGGCCGGGCCAAUCAGAAACCAAAACAACCAGAGGAAUCUCCAUUCAAACCGACUCGUCCAGCCCGCGCUGCUGGCAAUGAGGAUCAACCGAUUGGAUUCCAAAACGUAAAAAGCUCGUAUCAGGGUGAAAGAGGAGGAGAUGCCAAUGACGACGAUUUGCUUGCCGAACUUCGAGCAAUUUCCAAUCAGUCAGGAGCAGUCGACAGAUUUGCCACGGAUGAUGAAGAAGCCGAACCAAACAAUAUCAAUUCGCAACAGCCACAACAGCAACAGCCACCACCCAGCGCUAGACCCAACAAUACUACUACUAGUGAUCGACCUCCAAUCAAAGCAAGGCCCAAAUUUGGUACGAAUUCCAAAUCUGAUAAACGCGGAAUGGAUGUCCUGGUGUCCUCUCAAUCCGAAGACCAGGAAACUAUGAGUGUGCUCUCGGAACCGUCAGCAUUUGCACCCAGCUUUCAAAAGCCGACACUACCCCAAACAUUCAAGGGAGAACGUGGUGGGGCUGCAGAGGACGAAGAUCUUUUGGCCGAGCUGAGAGCUAUUUCGGCCAAAUCUGCUGGUGUGGACAGAUUCGCUGGUAGCGACGACAAUGAGCAAUCUGCACCCGAAAAUCACGUGGAGGCCGUGCCAAAAACCGCCGAAAAACCCUUGCCGCCGUGGAAAAGACAGGGAAAUCCAAAGACAGCAACCUCAGCAGUUGCAUCUUCCUCGCCUGCGACCAAACCAGAAGCGUCGUUGCCGCCGUGGAAACGAAAGGCCAAUCAAACUCAAAAUAAACCGCCGGAAUCACCGCAUCGAGAAACUGUAGUUGCAGCACCCCCCAAACAACCUGAAACGGGCGGCUUUCAGAAAUCAAGUCUCGCCAACACUUUCAAGGGGGACAGGGGUGGUUCUGCUGAGGACGAAGAGUUAUUAGCACAACUGCGCGCAAUAUCGUCCAAUUCAGGAGCAGCCGAUCGUUUUGCAUCCGAUGACAACGACGAACAAGACCAACCGGCAAUGCAAGAAUCACUCCCAGCUCCUGCCGCUCCUGCGCCUAAAGCAACUCAGAACCCACGAAACAACAAUAGCAAUGCGGCUCUUCCGCCAUGGAAGAGAAAAGGGCAAGCUGCCAAACCAAACCAAUCUGCUCCGCCGAACGAUGAUGAGACUUUUGACGUUGUGGCUGUUCCAACUUGCCCGCCUCCAGUGGAACCACAAUUUGGAGGAUUCCGAAAGUCGUCACAACCCAGCACAUUCCAAGGAGAGCGUGGAGGUGAUGCCGAAGAUGCCGAGCUCUUGGCUGAACUCAUGGCGAUAUCUUCAAAGGCUGGAGGUGCCGAUCGUUUCUCGCAGGACGAGGAUGCAGACGACAUGACAACCGAUCCUGUUGUCCGGGCAAGGGCAGAAAAGUCAGUACAGAUGCAAAACGACUCAAAGGAGACCGCAGAAUUGCCGCCGUGGAAACUCAAGGGCAACCAGGCUGCACCAAAGGCUGAAAAUGACGUUGUCGUUGCAUCAAAGACAACAAAAUCAAAUGGAGCAGUUCCUCCUUGGAAGCAAAAGGCCAGUCAGAGGCCUCCACAGGACGAGCCAUUUCAGAACACGCAAACCACACCAGAGGAACAGGAAGAAGUAGGUGGAUUCCAGAAACCAAAUCUGCCCAAUACCUUCACAGGAGAAAGAGGUGGAGCUGCAGAAGACGAAGUCCUGCUUGCGGAGCUGAGAGCCAUCUCUGCAAAUGCAAGCAGUGCUAAAAGAUUUGCAGAGAGUGAAGAAGCUGAACAUGGUGUUGCAGCUGCGCCAAUACAGUCCAAGCCAGAACCAGCAAAACCAAUGAAGCCAGAUAGUAGCAACCAGCUCCCUCCAUGGAAGAGGAAGAGUGCACAACCAAAGCCUCCACCUGCAGCAGAUCCUUUGUUGGAAGAGCCAUUGCCCCAAAUGGGCGGCUUCCAGAAGUCGAAUAUGCCCAGUACGUUCAAGGGAGACCGUGGUGGAGCUGCAGAAGAUGCUGAACUUCUUGCCGAGCUGAUGGCCAUUUCAUCUGGAGCUGGAGCUGCAAACAGGUUCGUCGAUGAGACUGAAGAUGGCAAUGAAAGUGCCCCCAUGGCAGCCCAAGCAGAACCUAUGAAACAAAAGAAACCAGCCAAGAACAAUCCACUCCCUCCGUGGAAGAAGAAACCAGCACAACAGAAGGCUGCUCCUCCAGCUGCAGAUCCCAUAGUGGAAGAACCCUUGCCCCAGAGGGGUGGCUUCCAGAAGUCAAGUAUGCCCAAUACCUUUAAAGGAGAAAGAGGUGGGGCCGCAGAAGAUGACGACCUCUUAGCGGAGUUGAGGGCCAUUUCUGCAGGUGCGGGAGGAGCCAGCAGAUUUGCAGAUAGUGAAGAAACUGAAGAUGGCAAUGGAAGUGCCCCGGUGGCAACUCAACCAGGACCACAAAAGAAACCCGGCAGCACUAAUCAACUCCCUCCUUGGAAGAAGAGUGCACAACCAAAGCCUCCACCGGCUGCUACAGAUCCUGGGAUGGAAGAGCCCUUGCCCCAAAGGGGUGGCUUCCAGAAGUCGAGUAUGCCCAGUACCUUCAAGGGAGAUCGUGGUGGAGCUGCAGAAGAUGCUGAACUUCUUGCUGAGUUGAUGGCCAUUUCAGCAGGAGCCGGAUCUGCAAACAGGUUUGUUGAUGAGACCGAAGAUGGUGGAAGUGCCCCCAUGGCAACCCAACCAGAACCUGUGAAAAAGAAGAAGCCAGCCAGCAACAAUCCGCUCCCUCCAUGGAAGAUGAAAGGAGCACAACCAAAGCCUCCGCCGGCUGCUGCAGAUCCUGUGGUGGUGGAAGAGCCCUUGCCCCAAAGGGGUGGCUUCCAUAAGUCGAGUAUGCCCAGUACCUUCAAGGGAGAUCGUGGUGGAGCUGCAGAAGACGCUGAACUCCUGGCCGAGCUGAUGGCCAUUUCAUCAGGAGCUGGAGCUGCAAAUAGGUUUAGUGAAGAAACUGAAGAUGAGAAUGAGGGUGCCCCAAUGGCAACGCAACAAGCACCUGUGAAACAAAAGAAGCCAGUCAGCAACAAUCCGCUCCCUCCAUGGAAGAAGAAAGGAACACAACAGAAAGCUGCUCUUCCGGCUGCAGAUCCCGUAGUGGAAGAGCCCUUACCCGAGAGGGGUGGCUUCCAGAAGUCCAAUAUACCCAGUACUUUCAAGGGAGAUCGUGGUGGAGCUGCAGAAGAUGCUGCACUCCUUGCCGAGCUGAUGGCCAUUUCAUCUGGAGCUGGUGGAGCUGACAGGUUUGCCGACACUGAAGCUGAUCCAGUUGAUUCACAUCAAACUCUGACUGCUCAGCCACCCCGGCGUCCUAAACCACCAGCACCAACAAGGCCAUCGCGAGCGGCACCCGCUGCACCUUCGAGUGGACCAACAAUGAUCGAGACGACACUGUCCGCAUCUGCUGGCACGACAGAGAGUUCCCUAACACUAGACGAUCUUCCAGGUGCUUUGAAGGAUAAGUCAUGGAAGACUCGAAAAGAAUCAUACGACUUGCUCAAAAAUGUACUUGGCGAGAGGGUCCACGGGAUGGAACCAACAGGUCAUUUUGACGCGUCAAGCAUUGUUGAUGGGAUGGACUCGUUGGUACCCGGUAUGUUGAGCGAUAGCAACGCCAGUGCUUUGGACUCGGCCCUUGAGUUUUCGUUGUUGUACGCGGAAUACUGCCGCGGGGCGACAAUGUCGGGACAAGCUGAAGAAAUGCUGGCUGCACUGGUCAAGGGCGGGGCUCUAUCGUCCAGUAGACCGUCGACGGUCAAGCUGACGGCUGCUGUGGUCUUGAAAGUCAUUGAAGUGGGCGACGACGGCACUGCUUCUGCACACGCAGUAAUUGAUGUGCUCUUGCGCCAAGGUCUGACGUCGAAGAAGCCCAAGAUUGUGCUCACAGCUUCCGUACUCAUCCUACAAGCAGCCACUUCGUUUGGUGCAGCCAAUCUUCCGCUGGCUUUGGUCAACACAUCUGCUCCAAAAAUGCUCACACAUUCAAACGCCAAAGUGCGAGACAAUGGAUUGAAGAUUGUCGCGGAGAUCGGCCGUGCCUUGGGGUCAACCGCUCCUAUUCAAGUCGUAUUGGAUGGUAUGAAGAAAGCGCAGGUGGGCCAACUAAACGCGAUGAUAGAAGGGCAACCACAACCUACACCGCCGAGCAUGUCAUUUCGCAAUCAACAGGGAGAAGCAGCUUCGCCCGAGGACGCGCUUGCAGCGUUGGAGGCCGGGAAGAAAGAGAUGGAAGCAAAACGGUUUGCUUCAAGAGCGGCUAUCAAUCUGGUAGCAGCAAUCGCGAGCACUGACUACGCGACGAUGAUUACACAACCCAAAUGGUCACAGAAGGUUGCUGGCUUGGACAAAGUGCUAGAGUGUGGCGGAGAGAAACCUUAUAAGUUGACAGAACCAUCCUCUUCCUGCAACUACGGACCACUCAUCAUCGAGAUGAAGAAACUCCUCUCGAACACACAUUUUGCUGUUGUUGGCAAGUCGAUGGUGGUGCUAUCGAUGCUUGCUGAAGGCGUCGGCGAAAAGCUUUUUCCUCAUUUGAGACCUCUGCUUGGAAACUUGUUAGCACUGGGGAAGGACAAAAAACUGACAAAUUUCAUCGGUCCUUGCCUGGAUUCGUUCUUUGGACGUAUCCUUUCGUUUGAUCACUUGCUGGAAGAGGACGCCAUCCCGGAAGGAGUCAACGAAAAGAAGCAAAAGAAUGCCCUCGCGAGAACAAGCGCUCUCGAUUUCCUGGGUCGGUGCGUCACACGUGGCGAAUCUGCAGGGCCGCGGGGAGCCUUGAAGGUGAAAGCAGCUAAACGAGUUGCUGAUUUGAGCGUUUCGAAAUUGGACGAUUCCGAUGCAGGUGUGAGAAAGGCCGCGAUGGCUGUCUUGCAGAAUCUUCAAAGCGUUCCCGACGAGGAUGUUUCGGACGCUGUUUCGGCCGUUAUUGGUGGUUUGCAAUCGACCAAUGCAAGAGCCUACAAAACGUUGAGCAAGAGCAUGAAAAAGCCGUCCAAAGCUGCCAAGGCUAACGAUACCCCUGCUAAGGAAAAAGAGAAGGAGCCUCCGAAGCCGUCUAGUGCGCGGCUUCCCGUGCAGGACGAGCCCAAACGCGGCGUUUCCCAUGCUCCUGCCAAGAAAUCCGUCGCCCAAACUUCCAGAGCGCCUCCGAGUCAUGUGGCUCCUGUCGAAUCAUCGAAUCAAAAUACAGUUCCUCUCGACGAUGCGAUUGAAUAUUUGUCGCAGGCACAAAUCCCGUACUUUAACGAAGAUGAGGAAGAUGGGGGUCUUCUGGCCGGUUUGCAAUCAACAAAGUGGUCCUCUCGACAGAAUUCCAUCAAGGGGCUCGCAGCUUUCCUCGAGAACGACGCUCCGUCCUCUGAUCUGCUGAUGCUUUCAGCGUCGCUUAUUGUUGCCGUGAAAGAGAACACUAGAGGGUUCAAGGAAACCAACAUAAACGUCACCCGAGCUAUAAUGGAAUUCUUCAUCACGAUCAUUGAUCUCCAUUAUAAUGGUGGUCACCCGUUGAUGGAUUGGGCAAUGCGCGACAUCGUCAAUCUGGCGGUCGACAAAAUCGCGGACCGGAAAGUUUCUGCGUUGGCCAAGGGGCUGUUGCUGAACGUUGGCUUGGUGAGCCGUCCGGUGGAUGUGGUUAGCGCAAUCGCUGCCAAGGUUGAAAAGGUCAAAUCUCCCGUCCCGCACGAGGAAUGCCAACACUGGUUCAACUCUUUCUGCAAUGAGUUUGGCGCCGCUUCACUUGGAAAUGGAGUGAAAGAAGUGGUGCCUUGGUUGUUGAAGGAGUUGAAGAGUUCCAAUAUCAAAGUGAAGAAGGCUACCAACGCUUCAAUUGGAACGUUGCAUGCCCAACUUGGCCCGAUCUUCAAAGCACUGGUGUUAUCACAGUGCCCAGACUCUGAAAGAGGCAACCUCGAAAAGACUCUUGAAUCUCACCCUCACGAUCCUUCCUACACAUCGGCAGAGUGGCCGCGUGUUUCCAUUGCAACAGGAAGAAAGUGUAAUGCAGACGGAUCGGGCGGCCAGCAUGAUGACGAGGACGACAACGAAGGGUUUGGCCUCGAAAUUCCUCGCAUGGAUCUUUUCAGCCAGCUCUCAGGAGAUAGCCUGAAGAACAUGGCUUCAAAAGAGGGUAAGACUGCUUGGAAAAUAAGAAAGCAAGCCAUUGACGAAGUGGAUGCAGCAUUGCAAAAGUGUAGCUCCCUCGUUGACUGCUCGCCGCAAUCGAUGAAGCAGCUUGCUGAGUUGACGAGAGUGCUCCGCGACAGGUUGUCCGAUUCUCAAGGCAACUUAAAGCCGCUCUCUGCUCGAGUUAUUGGUACUCUUUUGUCUUUCACUGAUAAAACUGCUCAGCCUAAGCUCGGCAAGAUCGUCCAUGCAGCCCUGCUCAACGGCGCCAUGAAUGACAUCAAGAAACCUGUCCGCGAUUCUUCACUUGAAGCAUUGCGACUGUCGACCACAGUGUCUUCUAUUGAAGGCGGUGGAUUGAACAACGAUACAUUGGAACCAUUCAUGAUGGCGUUUGCGAGUGAGGUCAACGAUACCGCGGUGAAGUCUGUCGGUCUUCCCCUUUUGUUGGACUUUGUCCUUACCUUUGCAGAUCAGCUACCCGAUCUGGAAAAAAUCGCACUACAGCGGGGGCAGGUAUUGUCGGAAAAAGUUGCCCAGGCGUUGGUCAGAUGUCUCACAUCAACCAAAUCUGAUACAAGAUCAAAGGCGGAGACGAUCUUGACUGUGUGUGUCAAAAAUGGAAGUCUCCCCUUGGCACGAAUUAGGGCAUGCACAGACAGGAUGAAACCGGCUACACAGCGCGCUGUAGCUCCUAUGCUGGCAAAACUGGCGAGAGCAAUACCGUCGGAGUCGCAAGGAGAAAAGGAGAAUCAACCGAGCGCAGAAACGUCUCGCGAACCGGUGCAACCACGAAAUUCUAAGCCAUCCGCGCGAGGAGCCAAAAAGCCCGAACGACAAGUACCGUCGACUCCUAGAACAAACGAGGAAACAGCAAAACACGGCUCUCACGGGCGCAACCAGAAGCAUCAUUCUCCGCAAAGCGAGGCCACAGCUCACCCAUUGAUUACAGAUUCUGGAAGCAACGGUCUGGAAAAGAGCCGGGCCGCGUUGAGGUCUAUGGUCUGGCCUGAGUAUCCCGAGGAACCCCUCGGUUCAGAAAUCUUCAGCCAAUUAAAGAAAGCAUAUGCACCGGUGCUGCCCAACACGACACUUGCAGCCUUCUUUCCUCCCGGUGGCAUUCGCAAACAAGAUGAUGGCACGAAGGGUUGCGAGUGUGUUACGAAGGCCAUCCUAAUGGAAAGGGCCGGGGAUGGGGUUGCCAUUGAAGAACAAUUGGAAAUGAUCUUUCGCUGGAUGGCCAUUGUCAUGUGUAGCAAGGAGCACACUGUUGGCCUUCAGGCGUUGCUGUCCGCUAUGAACGACCUCUUUGUCUAUUUGCAAGAAAUCAAGUACGAACUUUCCGACUCUGAGGCGAUGCUUCUGCUACCUUUUGUUUUCGAGAAGGCUAGCCUUGCCAAGGGUCGGUUCCAACAAGUAUUUGGCGAUCUACUUGUGCAGAUGAAAUCGGAGGAGGUGCUUCCGAUGAAGCGCCUUGGAUCUGUUGUGGCGGUAGCUGUUCUGUCCAAAGCCACGCAAGGGAAGGCACGAGUCUCGGCCUGCCACGAUUGUUGCAUGUGUGUUGAACACCUGGGUUUGAGUGGCAUUGGCAAGAAAGGGGUUCUAGUUGCUGCCAAGGCUCUUUCUGAUGAAACGUUGUCGGAAAAUCGAAGCGCUUGUCUCGACUUGAUGGAGCUUGUAUUGUCAAGGAUGAAUGGAGAUAUCCAACGCCUCGCUAAAAUUUGUGGCUCGUCCCUUAGUGAAAAGGCUAGGCGUCUGAUCGAAGAGCGUUGGCAAAGGCGCAAAACAAGUGGUGCAGUGGUGCCCACCAGGCAAACGGAGGAUAUGGGCAACAGUGCCCGACGUUCUUCCAGAAUUCCAACUCCGCAAAAGAACACGCCCGCAGAUAAAGGCCCGCUUGGAAGGUCCAGCCCCGCAAUCCCUUCGCACAAGUCGAAUUUUGCAGGGCCGAGCCCACAAGAGCUCCAAGAUGAACUUCCUGCUCUAGUCCUCAGGCACAAAACCACUCCAAAUCCCAGUCCUGCCAAAGAUGUGGUCAAUGCAAACCCACAUACUAGUAUCGGCAACAACACGAACUAUUUGUCAACGUUCAAUGCAAGCACUGACAGCAUGGGCUUUAAUUUCUCAAUGUCAAGCGGGCUAGUGGAAAGCGAAUCAAAGCCGUCUAGACCGUUCACACCGACACUUCCAACAAUCUCGAGCCAGCACACCGGAAUCCCGACCCCGACAACGACAUCACACCUCCAGGUGCCUAGAUACCAUGGCGAUAGAGAAAGCGUUGGAGCAGCAGCUUCACUGCGAGCCCGUCUUUUGAAGAUACGAGAAAAGUCAAAGAACCCUCCAGAGCUCACAUUUGCUACGACACCUACAGCUAACGGUACUCCGGUGGCGGCUGCCGGGACUCCAGAACCCAAGAAAACGCCGAUCGCAGAGGAUGCUCCAGCAGAAUCCCCCGUCGGUUUACCUCAACCGAAGGCAAUUUUCAGCCCCCCACAGUCUCUCCCUUCCCCAGACCAAAGCACAGAGUUUGAAUUGGGCAUGAGAUGUAUUGCUGGGUUACUGGACGCCCCAACUCCGCUGUCAGAAAGCAGCAAAGAGCUUGACGAGGGAAUUGAGUGUAUGAAAAAAUUCCAUGCUGCGUUGUCCAAGCAACAGAAUGUAGUCGUCGGUAUGAGCAGCGAGGACUUGUCUAUGAUGCGACAAUCGAUCAGCGACAACGUUGACGAGAUGAUAGAACGGCUUGCUCGUUUAAUGCGAUUUUCGCUGGAUUGCGAAGCACCCACCAAGAGCGCUGGGAUAUCUGUUUCGUUGCUCUCAGUCUGUCUUGCUACUCUCAUGGCUUUGUUCCGAGACAAGGAAAUGGCCGCCAGAGCCUCUCAAGACCGCUUGACGCUGUUGAUUCGCGAAACCGGAACAGCUUUGUUGGACCCGCGGCUAGUCGUCUCGAAUCAAGCCUCGUCACUUGACGAGGCCACGAGUACACAAGUUGUCCGAGCAAUCAACAAGCUCGCCGUGCAAGCAGCGACCGGGGGUUCCCGCGAGGCCUCACUGGGUGCUCUCUUGAGUCUACAACGGCAACUUAGCUUUGAGGCUUCAGCAUUGAACGCUCGUUUGUCCCGUGUGAUUACAAAACUCUUCGCGCGUGUCAUCAAAGCAGAAGAAGGCACCAAGCCAGCGUGGCAGUCAGUGGACCUUGAUGUCAUUGUUCAUGUUUUGAAUGAACAUUUUGAGGCCUGUGACAAACAUGAAGAAGCUGCAGCAGUUAUGGAUCGGGACAGCAUCAUUGCCUGCGGAAAAAUGGCCAAGACGUUGGUGGAGUCGCUUGCCAAAUCUCCUGGUUGUGACACUCUGCGCGAAACGAUGAGUCAAGCUGGGUUGGAUCCAUAUUCCUCUCCACUUGGUGUGGCAUUGGGCGAGUUCGCAACAACGACAACCAUGGAGGUUGCAGAGCCACCCGUACCCCGCCCUCAGACUCCGUCCAGAGGAAUUGCUAUUUUGGUUGCUGCGUUAGCCAACGCUCAAUCCGAACGUGAUCGUGCUGAGGCUCUUCAGGACCUCCGCCAAUACAUUUCGGAACAUGGCGAGCAGGAUUUGAACAGUCACCUUGAACAGGUUUCACCUGCAUUCCGCAAGUUUAUCCACGAGCAACUUUACGGGUCGUCCCAUGGAGUCGAGAACGACAGAGAUGACGAGUCGGUUGCUUCGGCUGCCAUGGCCGAGCGUCUCAGGAACUUGAGGUCACGCCUCAAUGCCAAGGAAGCACAAAUGGCGGAUAAAACCUUGUCUCCCAAGGUUCAAACGUCUAGGCCAGUGAAUCUCCCCCUAUCGCCCUCCUCCGCCUAUGGCGCUGAUGUCAACGGUGGCUCGGUAGCUGCGUCCACGAUGGAUACCGCGAGUCUUGCUUCCAGGCAGACACAGAGUCUCCGAGAGAGGCUCGCGGCAGCCAAUGCUAGCCGAAAGAGCAACUUAGUGGCUCCUGAAACAAGCUCAACUUCGGGAAGCCGUGCAGCCGCCUUGAGGGCACGACUACAGGCUGUCAAGCAGCAAUCUCAGAAGUGA